CAUUUCGAAAAGAUGGGAGGAGGUCUCAGGAAUUAAGAGAACUCAAAGGGAGAUCUCCGAGUGUAAUUUAGCAAAGACACGAAAAACACAAAUAGAGGCGACCUGACUUCAGUUUUACCAAGGUCGGAUCGGAUCCGUUACUUUUUCUCAUUUAUACGUGCCCGUUGUGCUUCCGCUGGUUUCUUCGUCUUCCCGUUUCAGCUUCUUCAACUUCAGCUUCAACUUCAACUUCAACUUCAACUUGUUUUUUCUGCAAUCUAUUUUCAUUUCCCCCCCAACGGAGUUAUUGUGUUUCUUUUUCAAUUCAUUCUCGGAGAUUAAUAUGGAUACUGAAGUCAGCGUGGAUCAACCGGAUAAUGUAGAAAUUCUCUCUCAGAAAUUGAAUGUGAAUUAUGUUGUCGUCCUGGAUGCCGAGGAUAAUAAUAAUGUUAUUCAGCUACCUUCGCCAAUGUCAUCCACGGACACAGCAGCAGCUUCUCUAGGGCCUAUCACUCCUGAUUCAAAUACAGACUUCCUCUUUGAUUUCACGUCCCCACUAACAUUGGAUUCUUCACCACCACCCAAAGCUGCCCUCUUUGAUUCUCACCAGAGUGAUAUCUUAUACGCUUCCAGUGAUGGAAGCCCCCGCACUCCAAAGGAGGGUGUUUUUGAUCCAUUUGCUCCUGGUCCGGAAAAGAUCAUGCUGGCUCCACAUUCUAACAAGUAUCUGCCAGAAUCACGGAGCAAUGCUGCACGGCGCCUCAAUUUUGAUUCUUCUGUAAAAUGUAUUCGGGAUGGAAAUCAUGAAACUGAUGCUGAGACCAUCUCAGAUGAUGAAAUGUUACUGGAAACAGUCUAUGAUGCUCUUUUGGAAGCUAUUGUUUCAAAGCAGACAGAGGGGUUUCUCCUUGCUGAAAUGUUACCUCUGGGUUCUGAUGCUGAUGCGUUUAAGACCCCUAUUUCUGUAACUCGUCUAAGUGGAAUUGCUGAAACCUGCCCUCGUGCUCCUAUGAAGCCAACAAGAAAGUUGAGGAACAUUGACCAGAGUUUAUGCAGAAAGCUUGAAUUCUAAUCCUGGGUUAUGAAGCAAGUUUAAAUGCCAGGGUUACAGGACUCUUUUUGGUGAUCUACGGAUAGUUUGGUUUUUAUGACUGCACUGCUUACUCAUUGUUAGUUGGUGUAAUGGAAUGGUAUUCUUGUACCUCCAAUUUGUGAAAUGCCAACAUGUUUGUCUUUGAGGAAUUAUAUACAUGUGAUUUUGAGAUGUUUCUCUCUCUCUGACCAAGUGUAUAUUUGGGGAGUAACAUUUUUAUAAUAUUUUUGACGUGAACCAAAUUUGGAAAAUAGUAAGCAUUGCAUGCUUUUUAAGCAAAAA